GCGAGUCCGUCGCGCAUCGUUCCUUCGUUCGGUCAGGAUCGCACUCUGGAGUGACUAUGGACCGCCUCGGAGCUUUGUGCUGCCCAUUGACCGCCUUAUGUCCGCUUCGAAUUCAUGACCAGCAAAGCUGCGUCUCGGGCGAGGGCGAAGGUCACCAUGCCCGUCACAUAAUACAAGAUGUUGCUAAUGUGGCAGUCUGCUCUCCGCCUGCCGGUCAAACGUAUGCACGUCCCAAAUAUUGCCCGGAUACUGGCGAGGAGAACGGUUGGGAAAUAGAAAACGCACGUCUGCUGGCGAGGGUUCAGAUUACAAUCCUCGUGUGAUGUCUGAAGGACGACAAUGGCCGUAUGUCAGCCUACUUUGAGUAUUGGGCUGACAAUAUUGCAGAUAUAAGCCAGUUCUCCUGUAUGUUCAUUCGUGAGAAUACGACUGCCCACAGGCCAUCGCGCUUGCUGUCAUGAACGGUGAUAUUUUGCCUCAACGUUGUGCUCCCCGUCGCCACCUUGUGGCUUUCGCCAAAAAGUUCUCCUCCCACGUUUACUAGAGCACCCAGCCCGGCCAAAAUCACGAUUUCCCCCGAUAUCCCUUGCACCAAACGCAGAAAUAUUGC